AUGACCAGUGCUCCUUCAGUUCUCCCGCUCGAAGCAACCUCAUUUGCAGUUCGAGAAUAUGUUUCUCACAUACUUUAUAGUGAUUACGAUGUCCCAAAGUAUGAGGUCGAGGACCUGGCCGCGCAAUGGAAAUAUGGUCGCGGGUCAGAGCUCAAAACCUUUGACGUCGAUACCUCCCACCCACUCACUCACCCGUGGACCUACCCAGUAAUCCAAUCCAAUCCACUCAACUCUAACUCUCACACCCAGGCUAAACCGACGCACGCACACACGUUGCGUGAAGUCUGUGCCCAUCCAUACUUCGACAUGUUCGCAACUUUAACUUCAAUUUUUGCAACUCUAUUUCUCACGAGGGUUGCGAAAUCGAAUGGAAGGGAGUGGAAAAUCGCUCAUAUUGUGGAUUAUCGUGGAGAAAGAAGGUAG